AUGAUUAGAAGUCCCCGCCCCACCCCCUACCCCACCCCCAACUAAGGAAAUGUUCAGUGACUUUUAUUUUCAAGCCUGUACUCCUCUCAAGACAGCAGAAAGGGACUCGGGCUGUUACCUAUGGCUGAACACAAACACAAAAAAAAUCCACUGAAGUUUCUGGAGUCGGCGGGCAAAGAGUUCCUCACUGGCUUCGUAGAGGACUUCAUGGAAAAAAAUGAUGUGAAAUUGGAGGAAGCGGAGAAGAAAAAGAUUCACGAUUUAAAAUUCUUGGUGGAUUCUAUACGACAGAGACGCCAUGAGGCAGGUCAAAUCUUACUCCAAACCUUCCUUAACACAGACAAAAAUGCCACCAGUGUAGAAGCUCCUGCAGAAAUUGAGGCUGGACCGGAUGAGUCAGAAGAAGCUACCCUGAAGCUUUGCCCUCAUGAGGAAUUCCUGAAACUGUACAAAGAAAGGGCUGGAGAGAUCUAUCCAAUAAAGGAGAGGAAGGAUCGAACUCGUCUGGCUCUCAUUAUAUGCAAUACAGAGUUUGAGCAUCUUCCUGUCAGGGACGGGGCUGCCCUUGACAUCACAGGAAUGAAGGGGCUGCUUGAGGGCCUUGGCUACAGUGUGGAUGUGGAAGAGAGGCUCACCGCCAAGGACAUGGAAUCAGUGCUGCGGAGGUUUGCUGCCCGCCCAGAGCACAAGUCUUCAGACAGCAUGUUCUUGGUGCUCAUGUCUCACGGCAUCCUGGAUGGCAUCUGCGGAAAGACGCACAGUGAUGAGAAACCAGAUGUGCUGCCUUACGAUACCAUCUUCCGCAUCUUCAACAACCGCAACUGCCUCAGUCUGAAGGACAAACCCAAGGUCAUCAUUGUCCAGGCCUGCAGAGGUGCAAAUCGGGGAGAAUUGUGGGUCAGUGACGCCCCUCCAGCACGCUUGGCAGACAGCUCUUCAGAGCCUCCUGACAACCUGGAGGAAGAUGCCGUUUACAAGACGCAUGUGGAGAAGGACUUCAUUGCUUUCUGCUCCUCCACCCCACAUAAUGUAUCCUGGAGAGAUAUCACAAAGGGCUCUCUCUUCAUUACACAACUCAUCACAUGCUUCCAAAAAUACGCUUGGCGCUGUCACCUAGAGGAAGUAUUCAGGAAGGUACAACAGUCAUUUGAAAAACCAAAUGUUAAAGCCCAGAUGCCCACCAUUGAACGACUGUCUAUGACAAGAUAUUUCUACCUCUUUCCUGGCAAUUGAAAAUAAAAAUCACAGGCAGUCUGGCCCUUUAUCAACUUCAAGAAGCACCAUUUAUUACCAGUACAUUACACAUGUUUAACUUCUGGCUUUCAGUAAAAAUGAAAACAAGUGAACUGUGUUUUGGGGGUCUUCUAAGAGAGAAUAGAAUUUCAACUCAAAUGGCAGAUGAGCGGAAAUGAAGUGGAAGAAGUAAACUGGAUUUUCUAGCUUUAUGACUCAUAUCAUAUUUGCACUUUAUUGAGUGAAGGAAACUGACCAUGAUUUGGUGUCAGCAACAGAGUGAAAAAAGUUGGUGCCCAUCUGGAUAUGAGAACUAUAAACUGGUCAGCUUCUUUUUUGCACAUCCAUCAAAUCCUGACUCUAGAAUGGUCCAGAAUAAGCUUUCUAAUUUAUCCUUUAGCCCAAAUCAUAAUGAACUCAUUUAUUUUUCUUCAGCAAGUUAUUAUGAUUUUAGCAAAUUGUACCUAUGUAUCUUUCUUUCUUCUUGCCUAUAAGUUAAUUCAUUUUCUUGAUGAUUAUCUCUUUAGAUUUCCAAGCUUCAGCAAAAUUGUAUUAUUUAACAAACACUUGGUUAUUGUUUAAAAUAAAUUGAGAUUUUGGUUUAA